AUGAAACCUUAUGAUCCCCAAUCGCAAAGCUUACAGCCUUUUCUUUCCACCAUAAUUCGACGAUUUCCUUCUUUCCCAAUCGAUCUACGCAACUCGGAGAGCGGUGAAGAAAGUAGAAAAAGCGCUUGGCGAUUGGAGCGGGGAGAAAAGCAGCUCCACUCCACUCCACGAGUACCGAUCAAGUAUACGAGGACCCUUAAAACGUGGGGGGGGGAGAAGGAGCCUCAAUUCGGAUAUCCGACAAAAGACCACUGCAUUGGCGUGCUGCAAAUUCCUGCAAAGGCGCAGAGAUCACUAGAUAGUGGCAAUUCGCCUUUCAACAGAGAAGAGAAUCGCAUCGCUCACAAGCACGGAUAUCUUCAGUGGCAUUGA